UUCCACAGCGUGUUCCAUGUUGUGUUAUCAACGAAACGAAAAGCUGCCUGUGUUUUCGGGGCCUCCUGCGGCAUUGCUGGAAGAGCUUGAUGGCGGAGCAGCUGAAAGGCGUUGCCUCCAAUCAGAACUCCCAAGCGGUUGCCUUGACGGCUUUGAAAGCACAACUGGAACCUUUUCGAGCAUGGCACAAGCCAAGCAGGGACGACUUGCUCAUAAUGCCCCGUGUCACGAGGCUCCUCUUGCUCUUUGCGUUGGUCGGUGUGGCUGUCAUGUCAUCCAUCACACGCUCGCCUUCUGCACGAGCCGGCCCAGUACGAGUCGUCGGUGCUGAUGUUGCCAAGAUGUCGUCGUAUUCUGCGUCCGGCCAGUAUCCGCCCCCCUCUUCCGGACGUCCAUGGAGCCAGCUGCAGAACACGAAAGGGGUUUUUCCUUCCCGUCAAAGGGGCGGAGAUUACGAGGCCAUCUUGCCUGAGAGGAAGGUUCCGGCAGACGGCCUCCUCGCCAGGCAAGGAGACAACCUCGACCGAUACCGAGUGGUCGUCCUGAAAUCGGCUCCUGGCCAUCCCUUGCGUCGGAGCUCCGGACACCCUGAAAAAGAAGCAGCAGCAGCUCUGAGGUUUGCGGGGAUGCCCGUUGGGGACGCUCCUCAAAGGCUCGCAAGAAGAAGAGAUCAGGCGGGAGGUCAAUCAGCCUGGAAAACGCCGUCCGUCGUUUGGUCGCAGCCGGGCCGAUACGUGAGCGGGAGCCGCGAGGACGCCGACGGGCCCACCGAAGCGUUCACGCCCAGGAGGGCCAACGUGAUUCAGCCGCCGGCGGAGGAGAACCCGGACGCCUCCCUUUUCCAACACGGUCCUCAGCCGGAAAAACCGACGUGGUCCGAUGACGCAAGGCGAGCGACAAAGUCGGUUCUCGUCAAGUCUUCUUUCCUCAGGCGGGAAGAUUUGGGGAAAGCUUGGCGUUCGCCGCCGAUGUCUGAGCUUGAGGAGUUUGGAAGGAUUCCAAAGUACAGCAGGACGGUGUCGGCCGAGGAGAAGGAACGCGCGGUCCACCUGCCGCCAAACGCCGGUCGCCAUCCGGCCACCUGGAGAGAACCGUUUCCACCGCACUCGGCAGCUCAAAGUUACAGAGAGAAACUUUGGGUGGAUGCCGUGGCCCCUCCUGCGCCUGCAACCGACACGGUGGGGGCCACCGCGAGCGGAAGGCCGGUGCGCCCGACGCCCUGGCAACGCGCCGGCAGGUUCGCGGCAUCACAAAGAUCCAAGUGGCCCGCCUCCAAGGCCUUCGCCGGCGUCCCUGCGACCGGCAGAGGAAGAAGCUACGGGAUGAAAAUGGCAAACGCGUACCCCCCCCUCUCGUCCAAAUACACUUUCGGACGGAGAAAAGUUGAACUGCGGACCACGGCCGCUCCGUCCGCCAUUGCGCUUCGGUUUGCCGGUACCAGCCCGAUUCCACAAACGUUCGCAACCGAGCGGAACGAAAGGCGCACGACGCCGGCUCGCGACGGAGGCACCGGGCGCAUGUACGUCGCCCUCCGCGGGGGGCCCGAGACCGUCGCCGGGAACUCGCCCAUCGUCCGGCGGCCCCAAGUCCCCUUGCCCACGAGCCCUGAGACGACUCUCCAAAGUCCGAAAAACACUGAAAACGCCGAGGAAUCGAGCGCAAGUGAGGUCUUUGACCACGAGACUCUACAGGAAGAUUUGUUGGAACUAAAUUACCUGCGAAUUUCCAUGGGCAAUGUCUCUUUCAAGUCCAUUUAG